AUGUCACCCAACCUUAGCCCGGGCCCUGCCCGGCCCCAGCUGCUUCCCUACCGCAACGCCAUUGCCUCCCGGUCCCCCCAUCAUACACUCCAUGCCUACGAUAUUCAACCGCCUCCCUCAACUGGCCAUUGCCCGAUCUCUCCAAACCCAGCCGACCUCAGAUCCAUGCAAGGUUGUUGGCAUCUGAUCCCUCAACUGGUCGUCAUCCAAUCCCUCUCAACUGGUCAUCAUCUGAUCCCUCUCGACUGCUUGCCAUCCGAUCCCUCUCAACUGCUCGCCAUCCAAUCCCGCUCAACUGCUUGCCAUCCGAUCCAUCUCAACUGCUCGCCAUCCGAUCCCUGCUCCUAUUUGCUUCAGCCUUUUGUUAAUGCACACCAUCAACAAUCAACAGAUCUUUCGGAUCUGUUUGAACAGACAGAAUCUUGGACUCACAAACUCAUGCCUUCAACAAACAAAAGCAGUUAUCCAUCUUCGACUCGAAUCGGUCUUUAUUUAUCAUCCAAUUAG